AUGGUUCUCCACAACCCAAAUAACUGGCAUUGGGUGAAUAAGGAUGUCUCUGGCUGGGCGAAGACCUACCUAGAGGAGAGCCUUGUUGGCAUCUCCGCCGAGGAAAAUGGUGUGACUGCUAAAAUAAAUAAACUUGUCAGCAUGGAUGGCGACGUGGAUGUCAGCCAGCGGAAAGGAAAGGUCAUAACCCUCUUCGAUGUGAAAUUACAGCUAGACUAUGAAGGAACCACGAGUGAGGAGGAGGAUGUCACUGGUUCGAUUAAAAUCCCCGAGGUUGCUCAUGACACCGAGGAAGAUGAGUACGUAUUUGAUACGAGCAUAUAUUCCGAGACGGCCUCGAAGCAGCCAGUGAAAGACCUGGUUCGCUCGAAGAUAGUUCCUCAAUUGCGCACGGCACUCGCCAAACUCGCCCCUGCUCUGAUUGGAGAGCAUGGAAAGGACAUCCAGCAUGCGCCCGGCUCCAACCCGUCCAGCGGCUUCUCGACGCCAGUGACCCUCAAAUCCUCCACUCCACAGCCCGCCGCAAAGGCCGCAGCAGCCACCACAACUACCACCACCGGCAAAUCGUCCGUUAACACAACUUCCGUCAACGCCUCUGACGAGUUCCGCACCACCGCUGAAGAGCUAUUUACCACCUUCACCGAUCCCCAACGGCUUGCAGCGUUCACUCGCGGGGCUCCCCGCCGGUUCGACGGCGCCAAGGUUGGCGGACAAUUUAACAUAUUCGACGGAAACGUGGACGGUGAAUAUAUCACUCUUGACAAACCCGGCCUCAUCGUCCAGAAAUGGCGACUGGCCCAAUGGCCUGAGGGACACUACAGCACCCAGGAGAUCAAGUUUGUCCAGAACGAUGUCGACGGUGUGACUGUCUUGAACGUGAGAUGGGACGGAGUACCAAUUGGCCAGGAAGAUGUCGUGAAGCACAACUGGGACGGAUACUACGUCCGAAGCAUCAAGCAGACUUUCGGGUUCGGUACCAUCCUAUGA